UUCUAUUCUCAACCAGUAUCGGCCCCUCUCGAACUCCAUCGCCGAAAAACGGAGCCGAUUUCAUCGAAAUCAGCUCCGGCGAUGAUGAACUUCCUGCGCUGGACGCUCGGGUCAAAGAGAAUGACCGCAAAACGCCGCCGCGGAAAGGGAUGAAAAAACCUGGAGUUCAUGCGAUUGCCGCCACCGAACCGAAGCAUCGAGUUGUGCACGAAGGCGAUCGGAGCACCAUGCCACCUCCGUCCUUGCCGGUCAAGAGAACCGUGAAAGCCAAAGGGGCGAAACCUAAGACGAAGGAUGACCUCGAGUUCGAUGAGCUUCUGGACAAACUCCGAUGUCGGAAAGAUGAGCAGGUGGACCCUGAAAAUUCGGUCUGCGAAUGGGAGAGAAGCAACUCGGACGACCGCAAAUUCUUAGCAUCCCUGGACGAAGAUGCAGUUCCCUUGAAAUUGUGCCACGAAGACGCCCUCGUCUAUCGCAAGGGCAGAUUUAACUCGAUCAAGGACGAUCUCGUGAAGAAGCUUUUUGACCUGUUCCACGAAACAGUCUUCCAAAGCCGCUUCAACUCUGAGAUUCCGAUAACCUGGAACGUGCGCAUGCUGAAAACCGCCGGCUGCUGCUACUACCGUCGGCACCAGGACGGCUCCAAGAGGGCUCGGAUCGAACUUUCACCGAAGGUUCUGGAUCGACCUUCUCGAUUGAGAGACACUUUGCUUCACGAAAUGUGUCACGCCGCCGGCUGGCUGAUCCAUGGCUACCGAGACGGACAUGGGACACUCUUCAAGUUCUGGGCUCAGAGAGCGCUCCAGCUCCUCGGGCUAACCGUCACAACUACUCACUCCUAUAUAAUCGAAACGAAAUAUGUGUAUCGUUGCCAAGGCUGCGCCAACGAAGUUCGCCGACAUUCGAAAUCUCUCGACACAUCGAGAUUUAUCUGCUCGAUCUGUAAAGGACGCUUCGAGCUUUUUGUGAACAACAAACGGAACAAUCAAGUCACUCCGGCCGCGGAGAGAAAACCAUCACCCUUCAGUAGAUUCGUCAAGGACGAAUACAAGAGUAUUAAGACCGGCAGCCCUCAUCUUAAACAUUCUGAGGUCAUGUCCGCCCUGAGCGAACGCUGGAGGACGGCGAAGAAUAAUUGUGUCUGA